AUGCCCCAAACGCUGAGUUCUACCAGUAUGUUUACCCCAUGUGGCUUCAGCCCUCAUCUACAUACUUCGAAAGAAGAUGAACAAGGAGGAUUGAUCUUCCAGGAUGGAAACCUUACCUCAGCAUCUCUGGAUGCUCUAAUCCAGCAUCUGAUACCUACCACUGAUUACUACCCUGAAAAAGCCUAUAUCUUUACAUUCCUGCUGAGUUCCAGACUCUUCAUUGAACCCCAUGAGCUUUUGUCCCGUGUUUGUCACAAGUGCAUUGAGCAGCAGCGGCUGGACGACCCCGUGCUGGACAAGGCUCGGAUCAGAAAAUUUGGACCCAAAAUCUUACAGUUGCUGACAGAGUGGACAGAGACGUUCCCGUAUGACUUUCAGGAAGAGCGGAUGAUUGGCCAUCUGAAAGACAUGAUUCACAGGAUAGCUCCGUGCGAUGAGGCCUACUGGAAGAAGAUGAAUCAGCUUUUGCAAACCCUGAACCAGAAGCUUGCAACCCUCAGCCACGGGCAAGAAGGGAUUGUCAAGAUCAGUGCUGCUGUCUCUGAUAAGCUGGUUGCCUUUAAAAGUAAACCUCCAUCAAUUCAGAGAGAAAUCCUGAGCGUCUGCAGUGACCCCUACACUCUGGCUCAGCAGCUGACACAUGUGGAGCUGGAAAGACUAAGUCACAUUGGACCUGAGGAGUUUGUGCAGGCAUUUGUUCAUAAAGACCCUCUGGAUGGCACCAAGACUUGUUUCAGUGAACAGAAAAAGACGAGUAACCUGGAGGCCUAUGUGAAAUGGUUCAAUAGACUCUGCUAUCUCGUGGCCACAGAAAUCUGCAUGCCUGCAAAAAAGAAGCAGCGAGCACAAGUCAUUGAAUUCUUCAUCGAUGUUGCCCGAGAGUGCUUUAACAUAGGGAAUUUUAAUUCGCUGAUGGCAAUCAUUUCUGGAAUGAACAUGAGUCCAGUUUCUAGGCUAAAGAAGACUUGGUCAAAAGUGAAAACAGCCAAAUUUUUCAUCCUUGAGCACCAGAUGGACCCUACUGGUAACUUCUAUAACUACAGAACAGCACUGCGGGGGGCUGCUCACAGAUCCCUUACCGCACACAGCAACAGAGAGAAGAUUGUGAUCCCCUUCUUCAGCCUCUUGAUCAAAGACAUUUAUUUUUUGAAUGAAGGGUGUGCUAAUCGCCUUCCAAAUGGACAUGUCAACUUUGAAAAAUUUCUGGAACUGGCUAAGCAAGUAGGAGAAUUUAUAACAUGGAAGCAAGUGGAAUGUCCUUUUGAAAAAGACCCGAACAUCAUCCACUACUUGCAUACUGCGCCCAUUUUCACUGAGGAUGGUUUGUAUCUGGCUUCCUAUGAAAGUGAAAGCCCGGAAAACCAGACAGAAAAAGACAGGUGGAAAUCCUUAAGAUCCACUAUUUUAGGGAAGACUUGAAGAUAAAGACAUUAUUGCAGUAGGUCAGGGGAAAGAAAUCCGCAAACGUUUUGCACUACUGAUUCCAAAGAUGCCUGUUUGGGAUUUAGACAA